CUCCGACCCUUAUCUCAAUGUAAUGUCCUUCGUGGACCAUAUAAAGCCCAGACCCGAGCGCUUUUACUUUGCCGUCACUGCCAAAGUCCACCGACAUGCUGCCAGCUGUUGUGAAGCUCUGCUGUGGAAUCUCCUAUCCACACCUGAGGAGUACGGCAGCACUUCAGCGCACAGCUGUGGCAGUGAUGGGCCAGGAGAUCACACACAUGCAGCGAUGGGGGCAAAGUCCACAGCGCAUCAGAGCACAUGCAGGUUUGAAUUUCAAAGAGCCCAUACCAGAAGACACAGAGCCAGCGUUGGCACAAAAGGAUCAGCAGUCAUAUGUGCAACAAGGCCAGCAAGCAAUGCGGAAGGCUCUCCGCAUGUUGGAGGACAAAGACGGAUGGAAGGUCGAAAUCAAAGAGAGCAAUGGAGAUGUGAUCUGCAGCAAAGUGAUUCCAGGGGCCAGGAAGGUCUUCAGGUUGGAGGCGGUUCUGGAGGCCAGUGUGGAUGAGCUCUAUGACCUCCUGUUUGCCAGAGUGGAGGAGAUGCACAAGUGGAACUCGAGCAUUCUGCACAUCAACGUCCUGAAUCGCGUUGGACGCGACACGAUCAUCACUCACGAGGUGUCAGCCGAGAGAGCGGGAAACCUGAUCGGCCAAAGGGAUUUCCUGAGCGUCAGACAUAGUUUCAAACAAAAGUCCAGUGUUUAUCUCGGAGGAGCAGCCAUUCAGCUGGAGUCGUUCCCACCUCAGGCAGGUUUUGUGAGAGCUGAGGAUGGACCGACAUGCAUUAUCAUACAGGCUCUAAAUGGGGACAAGAGGAAAUGCCAUUUCACAUGGCUCCUUAAUAUGGACGUUAAGGGCUGGCUGCCAAAAUCCAUUGUCAAUCAGGCUUUGCCCAAAGAACAGCUUGAUUUCACCAGAAACCUCCGCAGACAUCUCACAGCGAGCGCCACCCAGGGCUGAGUCUCUGUGACACACAGGACACAGCAGCAGCUCCCUGUCAUCACUCAGAGGGGAAAACUGGCAUAUGGAGGCAUGGUGACAGGCUGGCUGCUCCACAGAAUCCUGUCCUUUUAGUGAGAGCUGAAGCGCUGCCUGCGGAAGAAACUGUGCCCCAAACGCUGUGCAGAGCACAGCUGGCACAGAACAGCAUCAGAAGUUGGGGCCAACCUAGCAGGAGAAAGUGGAGUCUUAGGGAAUAGGAAUUAAAUAGGAAUAGGAACUAAAGUCCAGUGCCACUCCUCGGAUGACACAAGACUAACUGCACACAGACACAGCUAAUAAAUUGCUACAUGUGCACACUUAUUCAUACUCCCCCUGACUCUUUUUCUCACCCCCAUGACUCAAUUCACACUGAAAAAACAUGUUAGUGCUCAUGUGGCUCAGAUAAUUGCCACAGGCAAAUUGCCUUGGGAAUAACACACAGCUGUGUCACAUCUUCAGACUUUAGAAAGUUUUGUGGUGUUGAGUCAAAGUCAUGAUUCAUUUCAUAUCGCAUUUUAUUUUUAAAAAGCGAUGGUUGUGCAGGAGGCACAAAAUAGACCACUUUUCUUUGAAAU